AUUGAACUGUUGCUUCCUAUCUUGAUGGAGCAGGUGAGGGGUACACUGUGUGUCUAGGUGGGUGAGGGGUCUAUUGUGUGUCUGGGACGGUGAAGGGUCUACUGUGUAUCUAGGUGGGUGAAGGGUCGACUGUGUGUCUAGGUGGGUGAAGGGUCUACUGUGUGUCUAUGACGGUGAAGGGUCUACUGUGUGUCUAUGACGGUGAAGGGUCUACUGUGUGUCUAUGAUGGUGACGGGUCUACUUUGUGUCUAGGUGGGUGAAGGGUCUACUGUGUGUCUAUGAUGGUGAAGGGUCUACUGUGUGUCUAUGACGGUGAAGAGAAUCAUCCUAGAGAAGAAGCUCAUGCUCAAAGAGACUCUGAAGGCAAUGGGGUCACCAACGGGCACUUGGGGGUCACAUGGUUCAUAGACUACUUCCUCGUGAUGGCUUCCAGCACCUCCAUGUCCACUGGGAUCCUCAUGGGUGGUAAGGUGUUGAACUACAGCAAUUGUCUGAUCCUGUUCCUCUUCCUGCUAACCUUCACCACGGCAACCAUCAUGCAGGGUUUCCCGCUGAGGAGACUGAAGUACCAGCUGACGAGCUGCCAUUGCCAGGACCAACGAGAGAGACUAGGGAAGGGGAAAACAGAGGAGGAGGAAAAGGUACAUUGAGAAAAAGAGGGUAAAUAACUUUCUUCAGGCAGUCAAACAUUCAAAUCAUCCACUUGACUUCUUUUCAGAAAAUAACUGUCUCUCUCUCUCCCCCCUCCGUCUCUCUCCCCCCUCCGUCUCUCUCGCUCCCCCCUCCGUGUCUCUCUCUCUCUAAUAAUAAAAACUCACUCUCUCUCCUCUCUCUCUCUCCCCUGUGUCUC